AUGGCUACCGAUUCGACUCUAGGUUCACAUUUCCUUAAGCUGCUAGACACUGCCUUGAAGAAAUAUAAAAAUAAGAAGUCUUUAGAAGAUUCGGGAGAUCAAUGGUAUCCAGCAGUCGACUUUGGCAGCAUCCUGAAUCAGAUUCGGACAUUGCGGCUGGACCAAGAUCUACUGGACGAGAUUGAAGAGGCAGUGGUGAAGAGAAGUGAGAUGAGAACGCCCGCAUCCAGGACUACUUGGUAUGUUUCCUGCUUAUACGCCUCCAGAAUAUACGUCGUCGCUAACACGUCCGCGAUUGUCCACAGCCAUGGUCCAAUUGAUUUCAAGGACAGUGAGGUCCAAGACAUGCUAAAGUCUGUUUACCAAAAAAACCCUCGGAUUGUUGAGCGGCUUUUAAAGAGACUUGUUGGUAAAAACAAUGAGAUUCACCGAGUUGUCAUUGAAUCAAUGACUGGGGGUUUCGUAUUUGUCAACCACAGUUAUUUUCGUGUCUGGAACCAAAUUGGAGAGAAUUUGCGUCAGAUUUUCUACCUGACAGGCGCCAAAAUUGCAUAUUCGACAAGCGGUAGGCCAUGGAUCAUACCAGCCUUGCGCGCGGCCGUCGGCGCAAGGACAGGAGCACUGGCAUUUGCUCAGGGGAUUAUCCAGCAGCAGAGUAUCAAAAUACAUGACCAACAACAGGUUAUUACGUCUCUGCUAUUUCGGAGUCUCAUGGAGCAGAUACCGCCGGCCGGAAUGGAUAAGAAGAGUGCGACUAGCAGGUGGCAGGGGUUCUGGGACAAGGCAGUCAAAGCCGCCGAGGCCAAGGGUGACGAGAGCAAUCCUGAGCAUCCCCUCCGCGGCAUUCUAACACCUCAGCUCAAGAAUCGCGGUCGUGAGAUGUACGGUACCCUGAGCUUUGGAAUUCACAACUACAGGGACUGCGCGUUCUCUGUUGAUUCAACCACCUUUACGGCAGUUGACUCUUAG